CGGUGCGGGGCUGGCUCCCGGCGGGAACUAGCUCCUGCUCCUCCCCUAAACUGUUUAUUAGAGAGGCGGGAAAGCCGCGCCUCCUGGCGGGCCGCGAGAAAAUCUCCGCGGGCGCUUUCUGAGCGGGCUGUUUGGCGCCCCGCGGUCUUUCCUCUGCUGACUGUUCUGCUGGACAGAGUUGCGGUGGGCGCGGCGCCUUCUAUUUCCGCUCUCGUGAGGUGCUCGGAACUGAUGCUUGGAGCUUGUCCGUGAUCUCUCGGGUUUCUGGCCUUUCCAGACCCAUGUUUAUUUUCUGCAUGCAGAACCCUUUUGGGGUCUGGGGGCUUCUGUUGCCCUGAGCACGUCAUUGCGACGCUCUGUUAGAGAGUCCGGUUUCCUAGCUACCGUGCCCUCCCUCCUGGAGACCGAGUGACGGCGCGGGGACCGGAGGCGGGCUGCGCAGAGUGCUGCGUCCCGCCGAAGAGUCAGGUUUGUAAUUGAAAAUCACCCUCUCGGGUGUUAACUCCCAAGAGGAUCUGUUCCUUCGUCUGCCUCUCAUCCCUACUGGAUUGGGCGAACCACCUUCGUUAUUACAGAUUUUAAUGAAUAACCUAGUUAUCCCGGAUGACAACCUGGCAGGAAUCGCUUUGUGAAAUUGUGGAAUAUUGGACCAUGAUUCUAAGUGGGAGAGAUUGGCUUCCCUUUCUUUCUUUCCUAUUUCUGUGAUGUUGUGCUGUCCUCUUUUCCAGCCAAUAGAAGGACUAAACUAACUACGGCAGUAUGAUAAGAACUUACUCAGAAUUGUAUAUUAUAGCCCUCAAGUCGUGUAUUAUGCUGGCUUGUUUCUGGUGCCCCCAGUAACUUCAUCAGAUUGUGAGCUCCUUGGGAGCAGAGACCGUGUUGUUCACUUUGUCUAGGAACACCCACCCCUGAGUAUGUCGUGGCAUUUUGGUAGAUAUUCAAAAAUUUGUUUGGUUUAUUGAUGUUUCCUCUCCAAAUUGCCAUAUAAAAGAAAACAUCAAGGAGGGGUGAUAAUUUAUAAAUAGGAAUGCAUCCCUUCUUCUGGAAUUUCAAAUAAUGGCCCAGAGUGCCAGUGCCUAAGGGUGUCAACUACCACCUGCAUUGCUUAUACAGCAAGUAGGUGAUUUCUAGGAUGAAUCUUUUCUCGAGUAUGAAUUCACUUCAGUUUAGAAAAAAGAUUUUUCUUCAGAUGAGAAACUCAAAUUUCAUCAGCAGAGUACCUUUUAGGUAUGGAGUUACUGUGUUAGAGAAAGAACACAAUAUGGAUUAUUUUUUGGCAGACAGCAUAGCUGUGUAUGUGCUUCUUAAAUGAUUAUUAACUAUGAAGUACAAAGUAAUAGUAUUGAUCGUCUUCAUUCACUUAUUUAAUGCUUUCUGUCUGGAAUCUCUUUGUUUUUCUCUUUUCCUAAAGGUAAGGUAUCAUUACAGAAGCUUGAUAAAAUUCUCAUUUUGGGAAACUGAGUGUAUAUUCAGCAUAUAAAGAAGUUACAUCCAUUUGCAUGGAUUCUUUUUUGAGUUAAUUCUGAAGGCCAAGAGAUGUCUUACCCAUCAAACUAGCUUUUCCUUCUCAUUUCUCUUCCCACAUUCACUCACUUUGACCCUGUGUCAUCAUUCUUCCCUCCCCAGCUAAUGUAGUAAAGACAUCCACAAUUAAAAAGAGGAGCCAACCACCAUUCAAAUUAUCUUUUUGUUUUCAAUAACAGAAUUUUCUGCCUUUUUAAUAUUAAUGGCAAUUUUGAAAUAUAGGAAAGACUUUUGCUUUAUUGUAUCUACUGCAAACAUUUGCCAAAUGAAAAUUGAUUUAAUUUAAAUAAAUUUGCCUCCUCAAGCAUUCAAAUCCUGCAGUUUCCCAAAAAAAUAUUUUUCUCAUCAGACUUUCUUUGAAAUUUUUACUUUUAGGCUCAUUGGGGACUCCCUUAUAUUUUGUGGUCAGUUUCAUCAAUAAGAUGGUAGAGGGAAGUCUGCAAAUUUUCAUCUCUUUUGCACAUUCUUUUCUUGCCUAGUGAAAAAAUAAUUUCCAGAAGUUUCUGGCCUAACUCAUGUGCACUAAAAUUCAGUUACCAUUGUAAACAAAGCAUGCUUGUAAACUCUAAACCAUUUUAAUUUUCUGAAACUAAAAUUUAGCAUGAAUGAGAGAUUAAAUAAUGACUUUUUAAAGGCUUAAUCUUUACUACUUGUGCAAAUAUGAUAUUGGCAGCAGUCAUUGUGUAGCACUGGACGGGGAAUCAGGAGACCUGGUUUCUAAUCCCUGCUGUCACUAACAAGCUGUGUGAUCUUCGGUAAGUCAUUUAAACUCUAUGUCCUUGGCUUUGAUAUUUACAAAUCUCCUGAGAUCAUUGUCAGGAUUUAAAAAUAAAUAUGAAAAUGCACUGAAAAUGCACUUUAAAAAAUUUUAAAGCUUAACUGUUUGUAGUCAUGAGUCUCUUUAAUAGUGUGGCAUCCUCAAUCUUUUCUACCAGUGUCAUAGAAAUAACCAAUUUAUAUAACAAAUAAAUAUCUUUUAGACAUGUUAUAGUUUUGUAAUAUAAUCAUCUAUGUGUAUACGAAUAUGCUUUGGGGUACUAAUAAAAUCACCUACUGUCCUUAUUUGCUUUAUUGUAUCUACUGCAAACAUUUGUCAUUUUUUUCAUUAUUUCUCCUAACUUAAGCAGGUUUACUAGAAAGCUUUACUUUCUUAUUACAGUGUAAUGCAUUUGCACAUGUGCACAAUUAGCUUAUACAAAUUUAUAUAUGUUUAAAAAUAUGUCUUUGUACUGUGUUACUUCAAAAUAUAAAUUGCCUAGUUUAUAUCAUGCUUAACCAAAAAAACAGUAAUCUGUUUAAAAUCUGGAAGUGAGUGGACAAGAUAGAAUAUACAAAAAUCAUACUUUGAAGAGUUGUAUAAGGAAUCUUAAAAAGGGUCAUUUUGACCAAUUAUAUCAGAUCACAAAGUUUUCAUCUUUGCUGAUUUUAAUGUCAGCCUUUAUAAGAUACAACCCAAGUAUAAUUUUAAAUAACAAAACUAUUUAGUCUGUUGGCUAGAAUAUAUUAGAUUGCUAUUACAUUACUGAUUCUAUCUUGUAGUAGUUACUGUCAUUAAAAGCUGCUCGGGAGGCUGAGGCAAGAGAAUCAGGUAAGCCCAAGAGCUGGAGGUUGCUGUGAGCCGCGUGACGCCACGGCACUCUACCGAGGGCGGUACAGUGAAACUCUGUCUCUACAAAAAAAAAAAAAAAAAAAAGUUAUACUUAAGCCUAUACUAUAAAAAUAAAUUCUGAUAUAUAAUUAGUAGGCCCUGUUGUUCUGAUUUUAUGUGAGGUGUUAGCAUUAUAGAAGCAGUCUCAUUGCCUUGUAAACCCUAUAGAAUUUGUACUAUCAUAACUGAGACAGGUGAAUUAAGUGGAUGUUGAAGCCACUCUUUGGGAUAAAAAUGAAGUGUGAUUAUGUUCAUAUUUUUAUUUUUAUUUUUGAUACUAUGGUUUAUUAAAAAAACAACAACUCCAAGAACAUUCUGUGCUGUGGUGGAUGUACCGGAAUAAUCAGCUUCAUGAGGUGAUUUCUUUGAAGGGGAUAGCGCUCAAUUCAAUAUGUAAGCUCUUAUAUAUCUAUUAUGAGGUCAGUCUCAUUACAUUGUGAUCAUAUUUCUAUUUCUUAGCAACCAUAGAAGUACAUAAGUGUUGCUGAUUUACUGUUUUUCUGGUUAUCUUACCUGUUGCUAAUUGUUCUUUUAAUAUAUGCUUGUGAUAAUUUUAAUGGAAUUCACACUUUUCUAAAUCAGAAACUGAUGGCUUUUAUUUUCCUUCCCAAUGCCAUGCUCUGCUUUGCCAUGACACUUUAUUUUUUUCACCUGACUACAUUAUUGGCUUGUUAGUAAGUUUUCCAUUGGAUUAUAUUGUACCCUGAACUUUAACAAUGGCUUAUAAAGCCAUUACCAUUUUACUGGAGUAUACAAUCUUAGUGGACAGGUGAUCUCUCAAUUUUGCACUCUUUUGUUCUGUCUCUUACUUACUACUUUAUUACUUUCCUCAUUGUAAAUUGAUUGAUCCUAUAUAACUCCACCUCCAAGAUAAAUCAUCAUGGUAAUCCCAUCCUACUUUUUCACCCUGUAUCCUUUUUCCAGAAUACAGUUUUUUCAUACAUUUUUAUUCACCCUCAUUUCCUAAACACACCAUGUUCUUUCUCAGCGGUAAAGUUUAGCCCUUACCAUUCUUGCCUUCCCCAAAUCCCUUUUUCAUUAUUUCUGUCAAAGUAUAAUCAAUCCUUCAGAAUUAUAUCAGAUCACAUCUGUUUAAGAUAAUCUUCAAGUGAAGAACUUGCUUCUGAUCUUCCUGCAUCUUUACACGUUGAUCGCACUUAUUCUUACCUUCUAUUUGGUACUAAAUGAAUAUUACCAUGAAUUUUUCUUAUUAUAUGUUUGUAUGUUUUAGUUCUACACAUAGAUAAUAAUCUUCUGAGGGACAAGAUUAUAAUUUCUUUCUUGUAUAUUCCUUUCAGCACAACAUAUAGCAUAAUUUAGAAUAGAUGCUCAUAUAAUUAUUUCAUAGAUGUUCAGUAAAUUAUUUGUUGAAUAACUGUUCUGCAAUCUUCACUCAGAUAUUUCAUGUGAUUUUGCCUUUGUGAACCAUUUAAUAAAGUCAAAUAAAUGUAAUUUGUUCCAUAAAUGCAUUCAUUGCUGUAAUCUGGUUAUCAUUGUUAUAUUCCUAAUAACUUUAUUUUGUAGAAGCUUAAGUGAAAAUGGUACAUGUUAGAAGACAUGAAACAAGGAAAAAUUCUAAAACUCAAGUGCCUGAGCAGAAAUCUCGAGUUGAUUGGAGGCGAACUAAAAGAAAUAGUAUCUCACAAUUAUUUGAUAGUGAUGAAGAGCUUGAUAGUGAUGAAGAUGUGGAUAGUGAAGAACUUGAUAGUGAUGAAAGUGUUGAUAAUAAUGAAGGCUUUGAUAAUGAAGAACUUGAUAGUAACAAGGGGCUUGAUAGUAAUAAAGCACCAGAAAAUAAAAGAGAAUUUAAAUUAAGCAAAGUUGAAAGUGACGGAAACGACAGUAAGGAUCUCAUUAACUCUGGCAACAGUUCAACAUAUGAAGAAGAAAUGAACAAAACAAGACUUAGGAAUGUUGAUUUACCAGAUCAGGAAAAACAUCCAAGUCAAGAGAAUACUGAUCUGUGCACACACACUGGCCAAAUAAUAGAGGAGGAUUUAGAAGAAGAACACAUCAAGCGAGGGAAAAGAAAAAGGAUAUCUUCUGUGAUGUAUGACAGCGAUGAGAGUGAUGACAGUGAUAUCCUGGUUAGAAAAGUAGGUGUUAAACGUCCGCGUAGAGUGGUUGAAGAUGAAUGUUCCUCAGUGGAAAUGGAACAAAAUAACCCUGAGAAAACAUUAGCUGCAAGAAAGCGAGAACAACUUCAGAAGCUGAAAGAACUCUCAAAACAAAGAUCUCGUCAGAGACGCAAUAGUGGUAGAGAUUUUGAGGACUCUGAAAAGGAAUCCUGCCCAAGCAGUGGUGUUGAAGAGGAAGAAGAGGACGAUGAUUAUGAAUAUGAUGAAGAUGGAGAUGAUUAUAUUAUUGAUGACUUUGUAGUGCAAGAUGAGGAAGGUGAUGAAGAAAAUAAAAACCAACGAGGAGAAAAGUUGACUACAUCACAACUGAAAUUAGUAAAACAGAAUUCCCUUUAUUCUUUUAGUGACCACUAUACUCACUUUGAAAGAGUUGUGAAGGCUCUUCUGAUCAAUGCUUUAGAUGAAUCUUUUCUGGGAACAUUGUAUGAUGGCACUAGGCAAAAAUCAUAUGCCCAAGAUAUGUUGACAUCUCUUCAUUAUUUGGAUAACCGCUUUGUUCAGCCUCGUCUAGAGAGUUUAGCUUCUAGAAGUCGUUGGAAAGAGCAAUAUAAGGAACGGGUAGAAAAUUAUUCUAACGUAAGUAUCCGUGAGAAGAAUACUGAACACUGUUCCUGCCAAGCUUGUGGAUUGCAUCGCUACUGUAGAUAUUCAGUGCAUUUAUCAGGAAAGUUGUAUAACACCAGAACCAUGGAAACAGAUGAUUUCAUGUCACAUGAUAAACAGGUAUUUACUGUUGGCAGAAUUUGUGCUAAUCGUACCAGAAUUUAUCAUAAACUGAAGCAUUUUAAAUUCAAACUGUACCAGGAAUGUUGCUCAAUUGUAAAGACAGAAGAAGUUGAGGAUGAACAGGUUAAAGAAACAGUGGAACGAAUUUUCAGUCAGUUAAAAGAAAGUGGCUGGAUUAAGGAGAAAUACGGUCAACUUGAAGAAUAUCUCAAUUUUGCGGAUUACUUUCAAGAUGAGAAGUUUGACUGAAUUGUAACACAUUUCCUUCAGAGAAGAUUUUAUAAAUUAUUGUAAAUGUGAAGAUCAUGAAUCUUGUUUCUCUAUAUCAUGUGGUGAAUUUAUAAAUUUUAUGUACAUCUUCAUGGCAAAAUAUCUUGUUUAAAACAUAUGUUCAUCUUAAUUCCCAUGACAUGGCACUCUACAGUCUAAUAAAACUUUUACCUGAUGUACAUA